UAUUUUUUUUCUUGACGUCUCCCAUUUCUCUACGUACCAAUUUCUUACCAUAUAUUAUGUAGACUAUGGUGCAUAUCAUAUGUAACCCUCGGGUUACAAUUUCCCAUAUCUCGCCAUAGAUUCCUCUUCUCAACUCUCAAACAUAGAGAGAGUGAGAGAGAAAAAGAGAGAAAAUAAGACAAGGCAAACAACCACACACAUAGUUCUCUUCUUAUAUAUUAUUACAAGAGAGAGGGAGAGCGAUACUUGUGGAUAUAAUCUAAGUUCAACUUCAUGCAUGGGCGCGAUGAAGACAAGAUCAGCAUCAGUAGGGAUAUGGGUGAACGAGGUCGUGAGUUUCGUUGUGUUUUGCCUGUUAGACAUCGUUGAUUAUUUGCUCUGUCUUCUCUACAAAGCAGCUGAUUAUCUCCUCGAAGCAGAGUGGAAACCCUGCUAUUGCUUGUCACCCAAGAAACUCAUCACCACAAGUCGAGGGAACAUCCUCUUUCCUCAUAAUAAUUGUGAAUCCAAGAUCCUCACUGUUUCUCCUCUGCAACAACUUAGCGGACGUUCGAAGAUUGAGCUAGAGGAGAUCUCAGAGACUCUUUAUUCUCGUCCUUCUCUUCUAUCAGACCUCUCUAAGCUCUCCGUUAACGAUCUCACAAAAUGGUUAGUGAAAGUGACUCGGUCACACUCUGAUUGUGGCGAGAUCAAGAUAAGUAAGAAAAGAAGGAGAACGAUCAUGAAGUCGAGCUUCACUGUCGUUGAGAUGCUUCAAGGCAAGAUUAGACCGCAGAAUUUGAACCGACAAGUCUCGAGAUGGUCGGAUUGUGAUUGUGGAUUUUGUACUUAUUGGACUUCCACUUGUGACAAAGAUCUCUUUGUCAAAACUCAGUUCCCUAAAGGUAAUAGUGGGAAUGAAGACGUGUUGUUUAUCCACGGCUUCAUAUCUUCAUCGGCGUUUUGGACAGAGACGGUAUUUCCGAGGUUGUCGAAAUCCAAGUAUAGACUAUUUGCCGUAGAUCUCUUAGGGUUUGGGAAGAGCCCUAAGCCUGCGGAUUCAUUGUACACGAUGAGAGAGCAUGUGGAGAUGAUCGAGAAAUCGGUAUUGUUUAAACACAAUGUGAAGUCUUUCCACAUUGUGGCUCACUCUUUGGGUUGCAUCUUGGCUCUAGGCUUAGUCGCUAAGCACGGUGGUUCCAUCAAGUCAUUGACCCUCCUCGCUCCGCCGUACCAUCCGGUGCCGACGACGGAGGCGGAUCCAAGGCAGUACGUGAUGAAGAAGGUAGCACCACGGAAGAUUUGGCCGCCGAUAGCGUUUGGAGCAUCGAUGGCUUGUUGGUAUGAACACAUUAGCCGUACCAUUUGUCUUCUCAUCUGCAAGAACCAUCGUCUUUGGCAAUUUCUUGCCAAACUCAUCACCCGUAAUAACAGCAGGACAGUGAAUUUUCUAAUAGAAGGGUUUAUGUGUCACACGCAUAACGCGGCGUGGCACACUCUACACAACAUAAUAUGUGGAGUAGGGAGCAAACUGGAUUCGUAUUUGGACAUGGUACAAGACAAACUGAAGUGUAAUGUCGCCAUCUUCCAUGGAAGAGACGAUGAGGUCGUACCUGUUGAGUGUAGCUACAAUGUUCAAAGUCGGAUUCCUCGAGCACGUGUUAAGGUUGUUGAGAACAAAGAUCACAUUACUUUAGUUGUCGGAAGGCAAGUGGAGUUUGCUAAAGAGCUCGAGGAGAUUUGGAAGAGUUCUUCUUGCUAAGCCAAAGUAUAAAGGGGGUUUUUCUUCACAAAAAUUUAUAAGCCAAAGUAUUUCGACUGUCAUUAAGUACUGAUUAUUUUAUGUUACUUUGCUAUUAUUUGUCGUGAGUUUAAUGUACUGGGAAAGAAGAGUAGUAAUAAUUUUACUAUAUGUAUUAAUAUUGUUGUGAUGUGAAACACAGAAACUUUAAUUUUGC